AUGGUCCGCCACAAAAAAGACAACUUCUCCCGCGGCGGCAAGAAAUUCUCCGCCGGUCCCCGCCCUCGUCCAGGACCCCGCGGUGACGGCGAUUCUUCUCGGCCUCCCUUCAAAGCUGCCUGCUGGGAUCUGGGACAUUGCGAUCCGAAGAGAUGCUCGGGGAAGAAGCUGAUGCAUCAUGGCUUGAUGCGUGAACUGGCGAUUGGCCAGCGGUUUCCUGGAGUCGUCAUCUCGCCCAACGCGAAGAGGGUCGUCUCCCCCGCCGACCGCGAAUUACUGGAACAGUUUGGCGCUGCUGUGGUGGAAUGCUCCUGGGUCAGGGUGAAAGAAGUCCCGUGGUCCCGGAUUGGAGGACGAUGUGAACGACUCUUGCCUUAUCUGAUCGCAGCCAACACAGUCAACUACGGCAAACCCUGGCGACUCAACUGUGUCGAAGCCCUCGCCGCCUGUUUCUGCAUCUGUGGACACGAGGAUUGGGCGCGGGAAGUGCUGAAGCACUUCUCCUACGGUGAAGCCUUUUUGGAGAUCAACGCAAAGCUGUUCAAACGGUAUGCGGCCUGCGAAACCGAAGAAGAUAUCAAGCGCACGGAGGAAGAGUGGCUGGCGAAGAUCGAACGAGAAUACGAAGAGAGCCGCGCGGAGACCGGAGCCGACGAUAUGUGGACGAUAGGAAAUACCAACCGACGACUAGAUGUGGAUUCCGACGAUGAUGAGGAUGAAGAAAAGAAGGAGGGCAGUGGCGAUGAGGACGAGGAGGCAGAGGAAGAGGAAGAGGAAGAGGAAGAAAAGGACCCGUUUGCCAUCUCGGACGACUCGGAGGACGAGGAACAAAUGGCCGAAAUCCGUCGCAAGAUCCUCAACUCCAAAUCUUUCCAGAAUCCCUCCGUCCCGGACAAGCCGCAGCCAGAGACGAUCCCACGACCUGAGGCGGCGCCGAUCGAGGACUCGGAUGCCGAGUCCGGAUCCGCUGGCGGAAGUGACGAUGAAGCAUUUGACAAUAUUAUCAACGCGACGCCAGUGACGGACCGAACGGGAAUUAUUGCUGCCUCGCGGAAGAAGGACAAGGAGGUAUAUAGCGCCUCGUUUUCGCGGACGGUGGUCAGCGCGCCGAAGCGGUGGUAG